AUGGCAGAGAUAGACACCUCCGCCUCGGGACCAGAUGUGGCGGCCCCUUCGUGUCUGCCUACAGCUCUGUUGCUGCAAAUUUCGUCUUUCCUCACUCCGUCAGAUGUGUGUGCCAUGUGUGCGACGUGUCGACGAUGGAGAGAGGUGUGUUGUGUUGAUCUCCAGCCCCUGUGGAGGGAAUUUGUAAGUAAAAAGUUUGGUCGGAAGUACGAGAACUACGUCACCUUCACGGGGGAUCAGGACUGGCGGCGACUGUAUUUGAAAAUUUCCAAGUUCAUUUCGAAUUUGCGGCGAGGGAACGCUCACGUGAGCUACUACGCCGCACUUCUCGAGCCUCCGUUGUCCGAUGCGUACGAAGGAUGUUUGGCUAUGGCUACAGAUUGCUCGCGUCUUUUGUGGGAGAACGGCAGCGUUCUCCAGUGCGUAGACAUCGAUAAGGGCAAGGAACUCUGGCGGGUUCCAGUUGCGCACCGCAAAAACGGCUCGUCGCGCCCCAGCGUAGUGGUGGGGAAGAGUAAGGUGUUCCUCCACAUAGAGCAGCAGGUUCAUGUGUACGAGCUGACGACGGGUGCGUUUGUGACGCUCCUCUCGAUUCCGCCAGACGAUAGCGGCAUCCCAUCGCCGUGCCCUGGCGUCCUAGACAGUGCAGGCAAUAAUAUGCCGCUGGAUGUCUCCCUGCGAAAUCUGCACUUUACCUUUUUGACCCGACGCACGCUCUUUGUUUUCCACUCGGAAACACUCAAACUGCUCUACAAGGUGCAGCACCGCGAGCUGACGCCGCAGAUUGAUACAGUCGACGGCAUCGACUUUUGCUGGGCGGGCAAUCGGUGCUGUGCGGGUCCCGAAGGUGCGGAGUGUCAUGAGUGCUCAGUUCACGGCUUUAUGUUUCGCCCGCAGUGCCAGCAAAUUUGUAGACACAUCGUCACCUGGUUGGUGAAACGCAGCAAGUCGAUUCAAAUCUGGGACAUCCGCGACGGCUCGCAUGUCGACUGUUUGAGCGGGCACGAGGCACCCGUUCAGAAAGUCCGACACGUAAUGAACUGGCGGGACAUUGCAGAGUAUUUUCUGGCUUCGCUCGAUACCGAAGGCAUUGUGAGAAUUUGGGCCUCGAAAAACCGCCAGUUCUUCUGCUUGCAAGAACUCAGGCCGGAUAUCUCGCGUGGAAGCGUAUUUCGAAUGUCCUUCUCCACGACCCACCUCAUGGCCAUGUCGAAGGAAGCUGCCGGCCGAGACGUUCUGCUCACCAUCUGGAGAUUCGACCAAGACGCCGCCAAUCAACUUUUGAGGCAAGCCAGCGCGGCGCAAGCCAAAAAGGUUGCGGAGGCCGAGGCGAGGAGGGCGAGAGCUUUAGCUGACGGAAAUGGCGAGGAGCGUGAAGCGGCGCCCGAUAUCGUGCUUUCGCGGAGGAAAACAAAUGGAGUCGAUUCCGAAGCUGGAAAAGCGACUUCAGGCUGUGUACCGGCUGCCCACGCGUCCUCUUGUUCUUCCUCGUUGCCGAUCUCGUUUCACUGUGUAGCUUGCCACAGAGAAACGAAGAAAUGGAGGGCGGUACGCGCUUCUCAUCAGCGGACUCCUGCGGAGACUCCGCUGGCAGGAUCUGAAGGGGAACCGGAAGAGGGAGAGGACGAGCUUCUUCGCGAGCGAAGAUGCAGCUUAUUCAGAAAGCGACUCUCCUCCUCUUGCCGAGAUGCCGGCAGGCACCACGGUGGAAGCCAACCAUCUCGAGCCGACCGAGACAGCCAUGCUGGAGCUUGUUCCCCCGAGGCACUUCUUGGCCACGGCGAGAACGCGGAUUGCCCAGCUCGUGCUUUGAAAGCAUGCGCCGGCUGGCGCAGUUCUAGCCGGUAUCGCGCGGCUCAUAGCCCUCACUGCUGUAAGACAAGCACCAGUCCGUCUGUCCGCAGACCAACUUCUGGUCGUCCCUCUUCGCGUUCGCCGCCGCUUUCGCCUUGCGCUGGCACUGCCGGCGGUCGUCAAAGUGCCCGGAGGCAGCAAGCCGGCGAUUCUUCUUCCGCGGCGUCGCUUCGCCAUCCUCUCCACGUCUGUUCUUAUUCAGGAGUGUUGGCCGUCGAUCCGAACGACCCGUCGCCGCACGUGAAGCGCGCAUUUCUCUAUACAAGGAGUCGUGACGCAUCGGAGCUUGAGUCAGGCUGCUCCAUGUCGUUCGCCGUCGCGCGAGACGGACUCACCUCUGGCUCCUCGGAGGCCCUCCUUCGGUCGCCCUCGCCUGUCGCCGACGUCAUGCAGAGCCAGGACAGUGGAACGCAACGCGCAUCCGAGAAGUUGGCGAACCUCUCGGUAUCGUGUGUGUCGUCCAUGUCUUCGGCCUCCGCUCUGCGGGAGACAGACAGCACGCUGGCGUCUGCGUCUAGCGAGUCGCGGCCCCGCGGCGGCGACUCCGAUUGCGAUUGCCCUUUUUGCAACUGUGGAAGCAGCAACAGGUGUUUGUUUCGACGCCAGAGUCGACAUGAAGCCCAGGCGUCUUCCUCUCCCGGUGCCGUGUCGCGUGCGAGCGCGCGGAUACGCGUGGUGGCCUUGAGUUGCUCUCCAGCGUGGCUCUCUAUUCGCUCCGUUCCGCAUUCCAGCGAACCUCCUCUGGCGGCUUCGCCCGUGCAUAGCACUGUGGUGACUGCGCCUCCGCUGCCUCGCUUUCAAAUUCCCACCUUUGGAAUCCCUCCGUCGCCGCCGCGCUUUCUCCCGUCCUUCGCUUCCGCCGGUCAGGGAGAGGCCGAACGCUCGUCGGCUGCGACGGCGUCGCCUCGCUCGCCAUCCUUUUCAAUGAGCUCGCUCUCGCACUCCACCUCCGCUGGGAGUCGUUCUGCAUGCGCGCGAGACGCUCGGUCACCCUGCUCAGUCUUGCAGAAGGAGACGACUUUCACUGCUGGCCCGCGCGCGUACUACGCGGACUUCAUCGACGGGCAGCUGCUCGCCUUGUGGAACUUCAGCGUGCCUUCUUCUGAUCGACGGUACACCGCGUUUCGAUAUUCCCUCUCGGACUGGCGCGUGUAUGACUGUGUCGGGCAAGCGGCGACGAGCCCGUUCCAGCGAAGCGAAGACGAAAAAGGGUCUCCGCAGCGCGAACAGGCCCCAGACACAGACCGGAGAGUCUCUCGCGAGGCGUCUCCUGCGCAGCCCGCUCUCCACCAGUGCAGACAGCCCGCCAUCCAGUAUGUGCAAGGACGAACCUCCGUGAGGCAAACGGUCAUCGUUAUGCCCGCAGCUCCAGGGGUGUAUGGAGCAGCCGCAAGCGGCGGUGAAACGGACUUGGGAACGGUUGUGAGGCGAAGUCCGGGACCCGCGGCUUUCUCCAUGGAAAACCGCGGCGACGUCUGGACGCUGCUCGACUGGAAAUGCAUUGCGCUUGACCCGCGUGGGAAUGUCACCGUAUAUGACUUUUGUCCGGCAUAA